AUGCUUGGGACGAAAGUUGAAAUGGCAAAAGACCAAGUUUUAGGUAAUGUGUUUUUGAAGACUCAAAGCAGAAUUAGCCUGAUAAAAUCGCUUUUCGAAGUUUAUCGAAGACUAUUCUUCUGCAAAACAUAUAGAGAAAAAUCUUUUUUAACCCAAAAAAUAAAGGCAGUAAUAGAAGCAAUAAUUCUCUGUCUUCAACUUGUUACCUUUUUAUGGGUUCCAAACUUAUCAAUUAAAAAUUGAAGCGGGAAUAUGCUUAUUUGAGAAAUUAUAGGAUACACAAGAAUUGAUAUCGCAUGCUCAUCAGAAAAUAUUAUUGCUGAAUGCUUAGAAAUAUCAAUUAGUUUGGUUUUCGUUAAUUUUACAGGUAUUAUUGUUUUUACCUCUCUUAUUUAUUAUUAUAUCAAUAUCCCAACAGUAGUUAUCAGCUUAUUUCAAAAAGUAUUUUAUUUAUGAAAGCUUUUAUUUUCCAUACCUUCUAUGACUUUAUUUGCCAUAUUUCUAAAAUACAAUUUUUUAGCAAAAAGCCACAUCUCAGAGUACAAAAAUAAUAAUGAUUUUAUCCCUUUCCAUGGGCGAACGAAAAUACUUUGUUCGCUCAGCUUAAGAGGUUAGCUAACUUCCUCCAAAAAAACAUCCCAAAAAUAAAUUUAUUCGCAAAAUUUAUGCUUUAAAAUGCAAGCUGUUUAAAUUCAACAACAUAGAUAAAGAUUUCAUUAUUAUCACUUAUUAUCAAAAAUUUUUUUUUCAUAAAAGAUUUGUUCGCUCACGGAGGGCGAGUUUAGCCAAAAAUAAUGGUUUUGUUCGCGGAGCGAGUUACCAAUUUCAAGAUAAAUUCUACUUUUCAAAUUUCAAUUAUUCUUGCAAUGGUAAUAUCAUUUUUUUUGGUUUUAUUUUAUACAGAACUUUCUGGAGAAAUUCGUCACUCUGUAGCAAAUAAGACCAUAGAAGCAAAAGCUCACUCAAAAAUCGAUAUCCAUAUAGCACUUUUUAGUUAUUUUUCUCCUAUACUAUAUGCUAUAUUUGCAGAAAACUCGAUUAUUUAUUUACAAAUUUUAGCAAUUAUUAGUUCAAUAAUUUUAGUUCGUGACUCAGCCCCUGACAAGAAAUAGCUUAGCUGAGCUAAUUUUUUUUUAAAAUUUAAUCAAAAUCCUAAUUUUGAGAUAAUUGAAAAAUUAAAUUAAUUCCAAUAUUUAUUCAAAUUUUUUAAAAAUUAUUACUUGUAUAUUAAAAUUUUUUAUUGCUCACAGAGGGUGGCUUUUUCUGAUAAAAUAGGGAUCUUCCCAAAGAUUUUGCUCGCUCGCGAAGAUUCAGGGAGUAAUACACUCAAUUAUACCCCUUAUUUCUCUCACUUUUACAACACUAUGAUAAUUAUUCAAUUUUUAGUUAUAGGCUUAAUAUCAUUUAUUUUCGUGCUUGGAAAUUGGUUGAACAAUUCUCUAUCUAUUAUUUUACUUGCUUUGGUUGUGGUUCCUCUAUUAGGAAUUCUAGCUAUCCAAUUUAUAUACAAAUCUUGGAGAAAAUCAGUUCCAUCUAUUCUACACCAGCUUAUCGAUAUAAAUUCAGACUAUGAACUGGAAAAAAGGGCUAGAGAUUUAUUAUGCUCUAAUAAUCUAGAAAACAAAGACCAAAUUAUUCACAUUUUUGAAAAUUUCUUUAUAGAAAAAAGCUUGAAUGGAAGCAAACUUCAAGCUAUUUGGGUAGCAAAUUAUUGUUUAUAUGCACUAGAAGACAAUUCUUUGGCAAGAAUUAAAUUAACUCUUUCCUCGUAAAUUGGAAUAAAAAUAAUCUUUUCAUAUUUAAACAAAUUUAGAAUAAAAUAUUUUAUAAAGUCUACCAAUUUAAAAUGCACAUUUAUUAAAGAGUAUUCUACUUUAUACUGAAAUAAAACCAUUUAUAUUUAAAUUUUAAUUUUGACAAAGAUUAAAUUGGGUAUCAAAGCUAUUAUUAUUUACUACCUAAAAAAUAAUAUUUUGUUCCAGUUUAGAAGUGGGGAGUAAGUAAAAUUAAAAAAAUUCAAGAUUGAGGCUUGGAGACAAAUUAUCAGGCUUAUUUAUGCGAAAAAAAUACUCAAGAAUUGUAUACAAGUGAAGUCACGAAUUUUUUAGAAUAUUUUACACAAUUCGAAAAAAUCAAGAAAAAAGACCAUAAAUUGUGUGUAAAUUUAUUGGAAUUUUGAAAAGAAAUAAUAUCAGAAAAGCCAAGUCUGAACAAAUUAGUAAAGAAUUUAAAUAAAAUUGAUGAAUAUAUUGCAUUCCUCAAUAAUGAAUAUAUUCAAAUAACAGGAAAAUUUCCAAACUCAAGAGAAUCUUUAGCCCUUUAUGCAUCAUAUACAAGGAAUAUCCUCUAUGACAUAGAAAAUUCAACUAAAAUUGAUAACAAAUUACGAUAUUUUGAUAGAGUUUACCAAAAUUAUAUUUAUGAAGCUAAAGAUUUCAGCCUUUUUAACGAUAUUAAUGGAAUUUUUAUCGUCUCAUAUGAAGAGGAGAGUUUUGGGACAAUUAUUUUUGCUAACAAAAAAGCUUCAGAAAUUUUAAAAACUCCUUUAAAUUUCCUUGUAGGAAAUAAUUUAGCGAAUCUUUACAUCUCCCAUUAUAAAGAAGAGCUUGAAAAUGAAUUUAAAGUAUGACUACAAUUCAAUUCGAAUCCAAAUAUUGAUUUAAAAGAAGGAUUUUUCUUGAAUCUUCCUUCUAGUUUUAUAUUAGAAUUAGUAGGAAAAUCUUCACUCCCCUCCAAGAGCGAACAAGAACAUUUUGUUCGCGAAGUUUUUUUUUUUUAAAAAAAAGUUUAUAGAAUAUUAAAAUAAUUUUCAUAAAAAUUUUAAAUUAAAACCUCACAAAGGGUUGAAUUUUUGCUAAAAAUAGAGAUUUUUCCAAUGUUUUGCUCAGGGGCGAGUCAUUAACUUCUAUUAAUCAUAGUAUCGUCAGCAUUUUAACUUUCAAGCCAAAACAAGCAAAGCAUGAGAUAGCGAUUUUAACAGAAAAUUUUGAAAUUUCAUCUUAUACAGAAAAUUUUGGUAAAUUUACAAAAAAUAAAGGCGACAGCUUGGUAGGAAUCCCUCUUCAAACAUUAUUUAAUGACUUAAUCCAUUUCUAUUUAUACUCCGUUGCAAUAUACAAAAUUAUACAAAGGCAGUAUAGUAGAGAAUAGUUUAAAAAUUAAAUGAUAGGUAGAUACUUCUAAAUCAUUAUAAAAUUAUUAAAAAUUAUUUUUUAAAAGGCUAUUUAAUGAUAUAGAGAGCUAGAAAAUAUAGAUUUAAAGGCAUCAGUCCCUUAUAACAUAUCCGGCUUUGAAAUUGAAACUAUUUUAGUUUUAUCAUAUUUUGAAUUCAGCAAUUCAAGGAUUCCUUAUGCCUCUUUUAAAUAAAUUGGUAACGUUGACGGGAGACAAUCCCUGAUGACGGAGAGGUGGGCCCUCCCAUCAAGUUGAAUUAAGGCACCUGUUUGCUUUUCUGUAGGCCUUUGUUCGUGGAUGGCUGCCAAAGAGGGAAGAUUUAUUUCUCCCUCAAAGAUUUCCUUGUUCUGCUUUAACUAGGCAGGUUUUCUACCACGUAGUCUUCCCUUAUCGGGAUAGAGCAACUUUCUAGAGGAUAUCUCUGUCUUAGGGAGUCAGGGGGUUUAGAUCGGAAUAUAAAAUUGCAGGCAAUAUUCUCCUCACUCGGACUCAGAGGUCUAUAAUACCUUUUGUCUUUAGAGCCAAGACAAGUCGAUGAUCAGUGGUUAAAUCCACUUAUAGUCAAUACUUAUCCUAGUCCUAUGCUUCUUUGACAAAUGAUCCACAAGAAAUCCUUGAAUUAAAGCUUGGAAAAUCUGGGCCAAAAUUUUAUGAUGAAAUUCAAACUUAUGAAUUCGAUUCCAAAGCACCUCAUCAGGCCCAAACGAAUAAUUUAGAAAUUUCAGAAAUAGAGGAGAGCCAUCUAUCUGAAGAAAAAUCUCAAGUAUCCCAUAUUUCUUCUAUGAGAAUGUUUUCAAGUGUGGUAAAAUCGUCUUCAAGGUCAAUCAAUAUUUUGCAUGGUGUCUUUGUUUUAUCAGUAACUUUUAUCUAGGUUUUAGUUGUGAUAGUUGCGAAUAUUGCGGUUUUAUUUUAUACAUUUUCUAGUGUGGAUUUAGUUACUUCUCACAAAAUAAAAUAUAAAAAAAGUGAUAGUUUAUAUAAAAGUAAAAUAUUAAUUGCAAUAUAUAAUUUUCAAUAGGAAAGGUAGCAAUAUAGAUCUUCCACUUACUAUUGGAAAUAUGGGAAACUAUAUGCAGGCAACAGGCUAUCUAUCAAGGGCAAUGCUUGUACUUAAUCAAUUUGGAGGCGCAACCACUGAAAGUCUUGUGCUUUUGAUUUUUUCUAUUUUUAAAAGGCUUGUUUCUCGACUAGAAGAUGAUUACUUAUAUAUUUCUAGUAAUUUAACAAAUUGAAACUAUUGCUCUGGAAGAAGCAUUUUUGUUGAUGAAAAUACAUAUUUAUGAGAAAUAGAUUCUGAUUUUUAUAUGAGGAAAACAAACUUGCUUACUCUUCUUUAAAUUGGAAUAAAAACUCUGCUCCAAUUUAAAGGCUGGGACAAUUUUUUAAAAUAAUUAUAUAGAAAUUUCCCAUAGAUGGCGCUUUUUGCCCUUGAUUUGCCCAUGAGAAAAAAUUUUUUGGUUUGACCAAACCAUAUGGUACUGGCCGAACCAAAAAAUUUUCCCCAGUGGGGCAAAUCAAAGGCAAACAGCGCCAUCUAUGGGAAAUUUCUAUAUCAAAUUUUUCUCUAUAUAACGGACCUCUUUAUGGAUCUUAAAGGCAAUAUUGUAAAAAGAAAAAAAUCCACUAUUUGCCAGUUUUAAAUUUUACUUUUCAGAAUAUUUUAGAAUCUUAAAAGGUAUCAAUUUUAAAAAGCCAAAAAAAUUUUAAAUUGAAUUCAGAAUUUUAAUUAUUUUUUAAGGAUUAGCUCAAAGAAAGUAAUCUUAAAACGUAAAAACAUUUUUUAAUAACACUUUUUCAUUAAAUUAGGUCAAAAUUAACUUAAAAAAUUAAUAUUUUCACCUAUAAAGCUUUCCUAUUGAAAACAAGUUUUGCUCAAUUUAAAAGAGGGUAAUGGCCUUUUUAAAAUCAUCCAAAUAGUAAAAAUUUAUAUAGGAAAAUAA